AUCGACGAGAGUCUAUUUGCUUUGCAUAUUUUCCUUUUGUGUUUUGCUGCUUUUGUUCGAACUUCGCUUUAUAUCUUCCUGUGUGUACUUCUGCUUUUCUGCUUGCUUCUUCUUCUUCGUUUGUCUUUGCUUUGGCAUUUGAGUUUGUUCAAGCUCUUUUCAGAAGCUUUAACAAUGGCAGCAGAUAUUAUUCACCGUCCCAUGGAACAACUCCAAGACCUUGAGUACUGUAUAGACUCUAACCCUCCGUGGGCUGAAACCAUCUUAUUAGCAUUUCAAAACUACAUUCUAAUGCUGGGCACAAGUGUUAUGAUCCCCACAAUGCUCGUCCCUGCAAUGGGGGGAAGUGAUGGAGAGAAAGCACGAGUUAUACAGACUCUCCUCUUUGUGGCUGGCAUCAACACACUUCUGCAAGCACUCUUUGGAACUCGGUUGCCAGCUGUUGUUGGAGGCUCCUUCGCUUAUGUCAUUCCCAUAGCUUACAUAGUAAGCGACUCCCAAUUGCAACGGAUUAGUGAUCCUCAUGAAAGAUUUUUACAAACUAUGCGAGCUAUCCAAGGAGCUCUAAUUGUAGCCUCGAGCAUACAAAUAGUCUUGGGUUACAGCCAACUCUGGGGCCUCUUUUCACGAUUCUUCAGUCCUCUUGGUAUGGCACCUGUGGUUGCACUGGUUGGCUUAGGAUUGUUUCAACGAGGAUUUCCUGCGUUGGGCAAUUGUGUGGAAAUUGGGAUACCAAUGCUGUUGUUGAUCAUUGGAUUGUCACUAUAUCUAAAGCAUGUGAGGCCAUUCAGAGAUGUCCCUAUUUUUGAACGAUUCCCGGUGUUGGUAUGCGUCACGAUCAUUUGGAUCUAUUCCCUUGUCUUGACUGCCAGUGGGGCUUAUCGAGACAAGUCCCUUAGAACUCAAAUUAGUUGCCGCGCAGACAGAGCUAAUCUUAUAUCUACUGCCCCUUGGUUCAAGUUCCCAUACCCUCUGCAGUGGGGUCCACCAACAUUUUCAGCUGGUCAUUCAUUUGCUAUGAUGUCUGCUGUCCUUGUUUCAAUGGUUGAGUCAACUGGUGCAUACAAGGCAACAUCUAGGUUGGCAAUUGCUACUCCCCCUCCUGCUUAUGUAUUGAGCCGUGGCAUUGGUUGGCAAGGAAUAGGAAUUUUGCUUGAUGGUCUGUUUGGAACAGCCACUGGUUCAACUGUUUCUGUGGAAAAUGCUGGGCUCCUUGGAUUAACUCGGGUUGGAAGUCGCCGAGUAGUUGAAAUUUCCGCUGGCUUCAUGAUAUUCUUCUCUACCCUAGGAAAAUUUGGAGCUGUGUUUGCAUCUAUACCCUUCCCAAUAUUUGCUGCAUUGUACUGUGUUCUCUUUGGGCUUGUGGCUUCGGUUGGAUUAUCAUUUCUUCAAUUCACAAACAUGAAUUGCAUGAGAAAUCUCAUCAUUACUGGGCUUUCACUGUUCCUUGGGAUAUCUGUCCCUCAGUUUUUCAAUGAAUAUUGGAAUCCUUCACGCCGUGGUCUGGUUCAUACAAACGCUGGAUGGGUGAUUCAAUGCAAUUAUCAAUACCGUAUUCUCGUCUCCUCCAACGGUGGGUUUGAUAGUGGCAGUGUUUCUGGACAACACGUUAGAAGUAGAGAAGUCAAAGACGGAUAGAGGAAUGACAUGGUGGGGUAAGUUCAGAAGCUUUAGAGGUGAUAACAGAAAUGAAGAGUUCUACACUUUGCCAUUCAAUCUCAAUAGAUUUUUCCCACCAACUUAGACAAUGUUCAGAGAGAGCCCAGCAAAUCGAGCUAAUUGAUUUAACAUGAUUUUUGUGUCUUUUGAGCUUGUGUAACUCCAAGAUCAUCAUGACAACAUGUCUUUGCAGAUUCUAGCUAUCACAAUAUUUUUUGUGGGCCAUAUGUCGUGAAAUGGUCCGGAUUAGAAUUUUCUGUUCAUCAUUUGAUCCAUGCUUAGAAUGCAAUAAGAAGGGAAAUUGAUUCUCUCUC